GCGCCCCGCAACCAAACUCACCCAAAACCACGCCCAACACCACAGAAAUGUCUACACCGAGUGCCGAGGAGCUGAUACGGCGGAAGAAGCUUGUAGUCGGCCCAGAGACAGUGAGCAACCAAGCAUCCACAGACUUCCCCGGGCACUGGCCGGGCGAGAACAACGAAUGGGACCUCGAGUACUUCAAAAAGACCUUCACAGUCGAUUUCCACUCCCACACCCCAAAUGAUACCUCCUUCUCCCUAAUCUCUCUCGACACGUCAAUCGCCAACGCCUUCCGUCGCAUUCUCCUCGCCGAGAUCCCCACCCUCGCCAUUGAAGACGUCUUCAUCUACCAGAACACGUCCAUCAUUCAAGACGAAGUGCUCGCCCACCGCCUGGGCCUAAUUCCCUUGUGCGGUUCGCACUCGGGUCUGAACUGGAUGAAAUGGUAUUCCAAGCCCACCGACGACAAUGAGGGCUCAGGUUCACCGUCGGACUAUAACACGGUUGUGUUGCGACUGAAGGUCGAUUGCACAUGGCAGGACGGAGGCCUACAGCGCGCCGUCGCGGGCGAAACAGAUCCGGAUAAGCUAUAUGUCAAUCACAAUGUAUAUGCAAAAGACCUGACGUGGGAGCCUAUCGGUAGGCAGGGAGAAAUGUUUCCCCCCGGUGAGGAGAUCCGGUCCACGAACCCGGAUAUCUUGAUUGUGAAGAUGAGGCCGGGACAGAGCAUCCAUCUGAGCAUGCAUGCAAUGAAGGGCAUUGGACAGGACCACGCCAAGUACUCACCUGUUGCCACCGCCUCAUACCGCCUCAUGCCGACCAUUGACAUCCUACAACCGAUCAUCGGCGCCGACGCGAAGAAAUUUGCGCGCUGUUUCCCGAGGGGCGUUAUCAAACUCGAUACCGUCACCACCGAAGACGUCAAGAAACAUGCCGAGCUUGAAGGCAAGGAGGGCGAGUUGAAAGCUGUGGUGGAUAAUGCGACGAACGACACAGUGAGCAGAGAAUGCUUACGACACCCCGAGUUCAAGGACAAGGUCAAGCUGGGACGGAUACGAGACCAUUUUAUUUUCAAGAUCGAGAGCACGGGGCAGUGGGAAAGUGAUCACCUGUUCUUAGAGAGCGUAAAGCUGCUGAAGGUCAAGUGCCAGCGAAUAAAGAGGGGAUUGGAUGAGAUGAUGAAGUAAGGAUUGGAGCGGAUGGAGAUGUGCAUUGCAAGGCGUUUUGGGUAUAGGAAGGUGGGUUCGAAAAAGCUACGAUAUCACGGCGCGAACUCUUAUAUAGACUCAAUUGGCGAAUCCAGUUUGCACAAGUAGUGCAAUGCAAUUCAAUCCAAUAUGCACGUACGCCUUUCCAUCAUCACCGGGUCACUAUUUCAGAUACUCAAGGACCACGUGCC